CUGUUCCUGCAGAUCGUUUAAGACUUGGAGUCGCAGGUUUGGAAAUAAUUUCCAUCUUCUUUAUUUGCAACUCCUUUACUAAUAGCAUUUCCUCCCCAAAUUUCGUUGCCGCCGCGAAGACGUAGAUAUCCAAACGCCCCGGAAUCGUCGAUUUCUUCUUCUUGCGAAAGGGAGCAGCGGACACAGUCAUGGACCUAAUCAAACUUGACUCUUCGAAACAAUAUUACGCAACCAGUAGCCUGGUCGUCGGCUAUGCCCUCUGUUCUAGUUUGCUCGCUGUCAUCAAUAAGUUCGCCAUUACAAUGUUCAACUAUCCUGGCUUGUUGACGGCAUUGCAGUAUUUGACCUCGGCUCUUGGUGUUUGGGUUCUGGGAAAGCUGGGUUUUCUUUACCAUGAUUCUUUUAACUUUGUGACAGCCAAGAAGUUUUUGCCUGCGGCAAUUGUCUUCUACCUUGCCAUUUUCACCAAUACUAAUCUCCUAAGGCAUGCGAAUGUGGAUACUUUCAUCGUGUUCCGGUCCCUGACUCCCCUUCUUGUUGCCAUUGCUGAUACCAUCUUCAGAAAGCAGCCGUGCCCUUCCAAAUUCACAUUUUUCUCGCUUGUAGUUAUUCUUGGGGGUGCAGUUGGCUACGUCCUGACUGAUUCAGCAUUCACUCUCACUGCAUACUCUUGGGCCGUUGCUUAUUUGAUAACGAUCACGACUGAGAUGGUUUACAUCAAGCACAUGGUCACGUACCUAGGACUGAAUACUUGGGGUUUUGUCUUCUACAACAAUCUUCUGUCCUUAAUGAUGGCACCAGUCUUUUGGAUUGUUACUGGAGAAUACGCAGAUGUUUUCACCGCUUAUGGAUCACGCUCAGAGAAUUGGUUUGAUUUUGUUGCUUUCUUUGCAGUAGCUUUGUCUUGUGUCUUUGGAUUGUUGAUCAGUUUCUUCGGGUUUGCCGCAAGGAAAGCAAUAUCUGCCACUGCAUUUACAGUUACGGGUGUUGUCAAUAAGUUUCUUACUGUUGCAAUCAAUGUAUUGAUAUGGGAUAAGCAUGCAAGCCCACUAGGUUUAGUUGGCUUGCUUUCAACACUCGUUGGGGGAGUUCUUUAUCAACAAUCAGUUACUGGUAAAGGACCAAAUCAACAUGGAUCUACAAUUGCUAGGCAAACAAGUGUGGUAGGUAAGGCUGACUCUGAAGAUGAAAGCGAAGGGUCAGGGCUCUCCAGCAAGGAUUCAGCUGUAUGAUCGCUAUGUAUUAGAUUUCUCUUCUCAUUCUGUAGGCAAACUUAUGCUAUAAUGCUUAAUUUUCCUAAACGGUAUUUGUUCAUUAGAAAUUUUAUGGUAGAAUUUGAUUUACAGGUUCAACCAGUUAGUUUUCCUGUCAAGUGUUUAUGUUAAUUUUUUGUUCAUCUAUAACUUCAUCCUUCAUUAUUGGAACAUUUUUGUUUGCUGAAGCUACCA